GUUUCAUAAUACAGCUCUCUCAGUGUGUGUGUGUGGAGCUUAUCCGAGAAGUCACUGAAGGAAUAACCGUCCUUAAGAGGAGUCUUCCUAAUACAACGUGAAAGAGGAGCGUCACUACUUCUGUCCAGGCUCCACAAGCCUUUCCUUCCUGUUUGCCGACCAAAGGAGAAGAGACGAGUCAUUCAUUACAGCUUCUCUGGCGUCUGUAGCCUCCGUCAGCAACCAGCCAGAGCCAACAUGCAGGAAGAGUCUAAAAACAGAAGAAUGAACAUGGAUUUUUCCCAACUGCACACAUAUACACCGCCGCAGUGUGCUCCGGAGAACACUGGCUAUACCUACUCUCUCAGCUCCAGCUACUCCACAAGAGCGUUAGAGUUUGAGAAGGAGCACCAGAUUGCUGCCGUGUACGAGUCACCCAGGAUGUCACGGCGGAGCCUGCGUCUGCAGACCAGUGCCAGUCACUAUGACAACGGGAGUCUGGCUGAUUACUCUCAGAACCACAGCAGUAGCAGCAGCAGCUACACCAGCACACGGAGAGAGACGCGGACGCUGCGCAGCAAAAAGCAGCAGUCCAGUUCCGGCUCCUUGUCCCUUUCCCUGAGUCAGACUCAAACCGCCACACCGCGGAAAACCCUCGCCUUCUCAGCCAUUAGCACCCCCAUCAACAGCAGCAGCGUUCAGGAGAGCCACCAAGAGUGUGAUGCCUCGCUGCUAACCCCCAUCGUCGACCAGUCCCACCUGAGACAACGCACCAUCACCACAACCUCCACAUCUGUGGAUGGACACUGGGCGCGGAGUCACAGCUCUGACCACAAUUCGUCGACUAUCAACGGCGACGCCAGUGCGUCCAAGUCCCACACCUCCCUCGCCAAUGGGUACAUCUGCAAAGACUGCUCUCUUCACUCUCAUAAGACGGACUCCCAUAGCACGCAGUCUUCAUCACUAUUAACAUCAUCAUCUCAGGCUGCCGUAGCUUCCACAGAUGCCCUCUUCUCCUCCUCCACUUCAUCGCCUUUCACAAGUGUGUACUCCAGAGACAGGAGUAGACGGAACAAGACAGGUGUGCUGGUGUCUGUGUCUAACACGUGUAUGCGCUACAGCAAACGAGCGUUGGCGCCCAUUGUGACCUUAGUCACCCUGCUCUACAACAAUGUGCUCUGGCUUGGUUCAAGGGUCAAAAGCCCUCCAGGAAAAGGUGCGUUAACUUCGUUUUCCGACUCCAUGAGACGAGCAGCGUCCUCCAGUCUGUCCCAACUGUGGCUGUUAAAGCAGAACACUCUCCACAGGGUGAUGGGCCACGGGUCAAAAGGCUAUGAAGGACAAGCCCACUCAAGUUACUGUGGAAGCAUGAACGUGAAGGGGCUGAUGACUGAAGAUGCGUCACAUCUUAAACUCAAUGGUUCCCUAUGCGAUGACUGUAAAGGGAAGCAGCAUUCUGAAACACAAACCGUCCUCCUGACAAAGUCCUCCAGAUCACAGCGCCUGGCGGGGGUGCUCUGGAGCGUCCUAGCUUACACAGGUUACUGCCUCCUCCAGCCGGGUUACUGCGUGGUGAGAGUGGGGAAAGCGUUGGGCUCAGGAGCUGGGACCGUACUGCAGAGGCUGCUCUCUCUGUUCUGGAUGCUCCUGGCAGCUCCAGUGAAGGCAGGCAGAGGACUUCUGUGCUUUCUUGCAUCAGGAUGGUACCAGCUGGUGUCUCUCAUGUCUCUCCUCAACGUCUUCUUUCUGACACGGUGCCUUCCCAAGCUCUGGAAACUCCUGCUGCUCCUUUUACCCCUUUUGCUCCUUCUUGCUUUAUGGUUUUGGGGUCCGUCCACUGCUGCCCUGCUCGCUUACCUUCCGGCCAUUAACUUAACCGAGUGGCGUCCUGCCUCUCCCCUAGCCCUCCUGUCUAACUUAGUGCCAGCUUCUGCUCCAGCUCCUGCCUCUGUCCCCGUCCCUGCACCAGAGACUCCACUAGAACAAACCCCAGCUACACCGGUCUCACAGGCACCGCCGAUCCUUCCCCCGCUGGCCGUCUCUAGCCUUGAUUUAGAGCGACUGGAACGUGUGGAGCAGCAACUCGCCCUGCUGUGGGGACGCGUCAAAAAGGGUGACGAAAAUCAAGAGCGUCAUGUGGAGGUUUUGGGUCUCUACAGCACCCUGAAGGAGCAGCUCCACACUCAGACCGACAGGGAGAGCUUGGGACUGUGGGUGUCCUCCCUGCUGGAGGAGAGGCUGGGCGUCGUGAGGGGAGAGCUGGAACAGCAGAACACUAACAUAGUAAAGAGCGAAGAGAAGCAGAAAGAGCACCAAGAGAGUCAUGCAUCACGUCUGGCUGAAUUAGAACUUCUGCUGAGCACUCUGGCUGCCAAAACUGAGGAGGUUCAGCAGAAGCAGCAGAAAUAUGAGCAUGAGAAACGGCAAGAACGGGUCAAAGAGGUUUCCACUCCAGCAGCAGACCCAGACCCUGUCAGUGUGGGUGUGAAGCAGGAGGACCAUGAUGCUCUGUUUGCGGAGGUGCACAGACUUGAGGUGGAGCUUGGCAAAAUCCGAAAGGACCUGCAGGGGGUUUUGGGAUGUAAGGGCAAGUGUGAGCAGCUGGACAUGCUGCAGGAGACGGUAAGUGUGUCCUCUCAGGUGUCCUCUCAGGUGUCCUCUCAGGUGCGUAAGGAGUUGCAGGCUCUGUUCUUCGGCAGUGGGUCAGGAGAGCAGCAUGGAGAGGUGCCUGAGUCGCUGGUCCUCUGGCUAUCUCAGCGCUACGUUAACACACCAGACCUGCAGGCCUCCCGCUCCCUGGAGAUGAGCAUCCUGAGAAACGUGUCCCUGCAGCUGGAGCAGAACCGGGCCCAGACCUUGGGUGAAGCUGAAUCCCAAGCCAAGAGCAUCGUUCAGACGGUGACCGGGAGCGUCCAGCACACUGCCACUGCGGGAAUGUCAGAAGAGCAAGUGAAGCUGAUUGUCCAGAACGCUCUGAGGCUCUACUCCCAGGAUCGAACAGGCCAGGUGGACUACGCGCUGGAGUCUGGAGGUGGAAGCAUCCUCAGUACUCGCUGCUCGGAGACAUAUGAGACCAAGACGGCCCUCAUGAGUCUGUUCGGCCUGCCCCUCUGGUACUUCUCCCAGUCUCCACGGGUGGUCAUCCAGCCUGAUGUGUAUCCUGGUAACUGCUGGGCAUUCAAAGGCUCUCAGGGCUACCUGGUAAUCCGGUUAUCCCUAAGGAUCCUGCCUACAUCCUUUUGCGUGGAGCACAUCCCCAAGGCCCUGUCCCCCACUGGAAACAUCACCAGCGCCCCACAAAACUUCACUGUUUUUGGGCUAGACGAUGAGUACCAGGAGGAGGGAAAGCUGCUCGGGCAGUACACAUACCAGGAAGACGGGGAGUCACUGCAAACAUUUCCUGUCAUGGAACAAAAUGACAAGAGCUUCCAGAUCAUCGAGGUGCGGGUGCUCUCCAACUGGGGUCACCCUGAAUACACCUGCAUGUACCGCUUCAGAGUCCACGGAGAUCCUCGGCCUCAGUGAACCAAUCACCACCACACACACACAGUCAUGUAUGACAUACCAACCUAUCUGUACAUAGCUCUCGCCAACUUCUUUUAAAAAGGAGGGGACUCGGAGGUAAAUGAUGGACGUUUUGAAAGACAAAGGAGACAAAGAAAUUGUGGAUUAAUAAAGGAAUGUGCACAGACUGAAUCAUGGACAAGUGUUUUGUUGAAAGAGUCACAGGAAAGUCUGUAUGGGAUCUGUCAUGAACACAGAGGAGGAAUGGAACCACAGAAGUAAAUGAAACUCCGAGCCCCCUUUUCUAAAAGGUCUCUUGCACUGAAUAAGCCCGCGAUGGCGACAGGCUCUGACCUGAGCAGACAUAUCCAUGGACGAAUGAAAUGGGGGGGCACUAAGGACUUUUCUCCUCCAUUUCUUCACACACUGCAUCUCAGUUUGAUUUCUUGUUUUGCUCAUAUUAUUUUCCACUUUUUUUUCAGGAUCAAAGCCACUACACCUUUGCAUGUAACCAUUUUUGUCCAUUUGUGGCCAUCAAGUUUUUCAGCAGUGACUUUAACCGAGCUGUUUGGUUGGCCUGCUGGACUGAAAUGCACCAGA